UUCGUCGUUACCUUCCUAUUGUUGGUGGCCUUCUCAGUGAUUUGCACAUUCAACACAGCGUUUAUGGCAAUCCCGAAUAAGGGUAUUUCGUUGCUUUUUGUUGAUUGGGUUUCAUCCAAGCCAUUGGUUGGAAUUAUCGGCGUAUUUGUCACAUUAUCAGCUAUUAUUUCGGCGACUGGCUUCCUUCUGCUGCUCGAUGUUCCAUUUGUCGAUAUCGCUACCAUGAUGCCUUUUCUAUGUCUAACAGUUGGUAUUGAUGACACGUUUUUAAUGUUGGUUGCAUGGCACGGCACAGACUGGAAACUUUCUGUGGAAGAUCGUAUUGAAGCAGCGAUGCGACAUGCUUCCGUAUCUAUAGCUAUCACUUCAGUUACCGAUGCUACAGCAUUCCUUAUAGGAUCUACUGCUUCUCUGCCCGCAGUCAUUUAUUUUUGCUACUAUGCAGCGGCGGCAAUAAUAUUCACAUUCUGCUAUUUGUUAAGCGCCUUCGUUGCUUUUCUGGCAAUUUUCGGAGAUUGGGAGAAGAAUGGACGAAACAGUUUGCUUUAUAUCAAAACCACUUCGUCCUGUAACAUCGAGAAUUCUUCUGCGCUGCAGCGAAUUUUCAACAUGAGAAAAUGCUGUUGUGCAAGUAACUUAUCAAAAUGUCUUCAGAAGUCGUACAGCAGUAUGAAGGCGGACUAUUGCACACUUGUUUUUUGGCAUAAGCAGUUUAUUGAAAAAUACUAUGCUCCUGUCAUUACUAUCUCGUGGAUUCGGGUACUUGCAUUGCUCCUCUUCAUCACUUACAUCGUGGUGGCAGCAACUGGACUAAAUGCGCUUCAAGUUGGCUUUGAUGUUAAAAAUCUUAUGAUGAAUGACUCGCCGUCUAAAAAGUUUCUGGAACUUCGCGAGAAGUAUUUUGAAGACGAAAUGGUGGUGCUUGAGAUUGCUGUGCUGAAAGCGCCUGAUAUGAGUCGGAAAAAAGACAGGGUCCGAUUUUUGAAUGCACUCAAGAAGCUGGAAAGAACGAGUUGCAGCAUCGGAAGAAAUACAACUCAGUUCUGGUAUUUUGCAUAUAAGCACUAUAUGUCCGAACUUGGAUUUGGCGAUUUCUGGGAUAUUUUGCAAAACAGCAAAAAGGUACAGCUAACAUCGAUAAAGGCGGAUUUCAUUACUUUCGUUUUGCUAUGCUUCAGAAUCGGCCUGGUUUAA